AUGGGUUCCCCUUGGCCAUUUGCCGCUUGGGGCAUGGAUGUUAUUGGACCCAUAGAGCCUCCCGCGUCAAAUGGACAUCGUUUCAUCCUGGUGGCUAUCAAUUAUUUCACGAAAUGGGUCGAAGCUUCGACAUACAAGGCAGUAACAAAGAAGGUAGUGGCAGACUUUGUUCGCAAUAACAUAGUUUGUUGGUUUGGAAUUCCGGAAUCAAUCAUAAUAGAAAAUGCAACCAACCUCAACAGCGAUCUUAUGAAGGAAACUUGUGAAAGGUUCAAGAUUGCUCAUCGAAAUUCCACAGUCUACCGGCCACAGAUGAAUGGAGCAGUUGAGGCUGCAAAUAAGAAUAUCAAGAAGAUUUUAAGGAAGAUAGUAGACAGUCAUAGAACAUCAACUGGGGCAACUCCUUAUAUGUUGGUUUAUGGUUCAGAAGCAGUAAUACCUGCUGAGGUGGAAAUACCAUCUUUAAGGAUUAUCCAAGAGGUUGGUCUCGAUGAUGCAGAAUGGAUACGUAGCAGGCAUGAACAAUUGAUACUCAUCGAUGAAAAAAGGAUGGACACGGUUUGUUAUGGCCAACUCUAUCAGAACAGAAUGACCAAAGCCUUCAACAAAAAAGUCAGACCUCGACAGUUCACACCGGGGCAGUUAGUAUUGAAGAAGAUCUUUCCUCAACAAGGAGAAGCCAAAAGGAAAUUUGCACCAAAUUGGCAAGGACCCUACAUGGUUCAUAGAGUGCUCUCAGGAGGAGUGGUAAUUUUAGCAGAAAUGGAAGGCAGAGUAAGCACAAAGACAAUCAAUUCAGACGCCAUCAAGAAAUACUACAUCUGA